UCUAGCUAGUUAACGUUAGCAUUCCGGACUCGACAUUCGCGCGGUGUGCCAGAACAGAGUCGUGCGUUAUUCGGCCCAACUUUUAUCGGCCACUUUUAUUAUUAUUACGUCGUAACCAUAAUCGUUCUGUCAAAUUGGGAGUUUGCCACACACGGCCGGCGGUGACCGUCAACGAUGCGUUUUGCAUUUUUAUGUGAGUCGAGUGCAAAAUAUUGACAGAAACACGGUGUUUGUUUAUUUACCCCGCGCGGACUCGUGACAUUUUUUCGUUUUGGUUUUUUUUUCUUCUCCGUGGACAGGAUAUCCCUCAGCCUUGAGGGAUCACAAAUAGUCAGCAAAAUUAACGCGGCAAUUAUGAACUCCUAUUUCGAACAGAGUGGCUUCUACGGAGGCCACCAUCAUCAGGGUACCGGUUCGGUAACGCACCAUGAUCACCAGAGUGCGGCGGCCGCGGCAGCUGCCUACAGGCCUUUCCCCCUCGGUUUGGGGAUGUCUCCGUACGCGUCAACUCAACACCAUCACGCGGCACAUUCCUUACAGGCCAGGCCGCCUCAAGACUCACCCUACGACGCAUCCGUAGCUGCGGCCGCGUGCAAACUUUACUCGGCGUCGGACGCGCAGCAAAACUCGAUAAAUUAUAGCAACUCCGCAGCAAAAUCGGAUUGUUCAAAAGGAAACGCGGACCAAAACGGUUACGCUUCCGUGGUAGCCGCGGCAGCAGUAAAAGAUGUCUGGCAGAGCGCCGCUUCGGGUGGAACCGCCAAUUUGGCAAAUAGUUUAACGGGACCGGUGCGUCCAUCCGCGUGUACACCCGAUUCGAGGGUUAGUUAUGGGUCGUCCGUCGGUCUAGUUGGCGGAGACCCAUCGACAAGUCCCGGAGCCGCAACCGGCAGCAGAACGUCAAACUCCUUGUCUUCGUGGAACAACUGUUCGUUAAACACGACCUCGUCGCAACCUGUAGGCACCCAGAUUCACCAACAGACGAAUCACACGUUCUAUCCGUGGAUGGCGAUAGCAGGUGCCAAUGGCCUCAGGAGGCGGGGCCGUCAAACGUAUACCCGGUACCAAACUUUGGAAUUAGAAAAGGAGUUCCACACGAACCAUUACCUGACGAGGCGGCGAAGAAUCGAAAUGGCGCAUGCGCUCUGCCUCACGGAACGACAGAUUAAAAUAUGGUUUCAAAAUAGGCGGAUGAAACUUAAAAAGGAAAUACAGGCCAUAAAAGAAUUAAAUGAACAGGAAAAGCAGGCGCAAGCGCAAAAGGCGGCAGCAGCCGCCGCUGCGGCGGCAGCGGGGCAGGUGGAUCAAAAUUAGUGGAGGGACCCCCGCGGGGGUGGGACGGAGGGUGAUAAUGGAAGGGGGCGGCCCGAGACGUUAAUUUAUUAAGAACCAGAGUCGCAAGGCAAGCCUCAAGCACCCGGAUACCGAACGUAGCGUCAUCUGCCAGCACCGGACUUGCCCUUCCGUAAUAGGAAUAAAAUCGAAAAUACGUACUACUACCAAAAUUUGGGCUUACUCCAAUCCACUGUGAAAAUGUGUAUACUUUUUACUUAUAGUUUAUAACAUUAAUAUAUUUAGUGUAUAAAAUAUUUAUAAUCCAAAGUAAAUUUAAAAAAGAUAGCGAGGAAAUAUUUUUCGAACGGUGUUAUUAUUUAAAGUGAAAUAAAAAUGUACAAUCCUAGGUCGAUAUGGUGAAACUCUGUGUAUUUUACGACUAUUUUUUUUUUAGUGUUAACUGUAUAAAAGGCGUAACGGAUAUUUAUUUUAUUUUUAUUCUAAAUGUGCAAUAAAACGAAUUGGGUUUGUUGAAUCGAUAAAAUGGGCAGCGUUUCUAAACAUAUCGCAACUGUGGCAAAACAUUUGGCAACUUUGGUUACCGUGCCAUAAAAGUCCAAAAUUCAAACGAUAUACGUAAAACUUACUCCUAUGAUAGACCUAAGAACAUACUGUAUCAUAAAACAUUCGCACUCAGUGACUGAUUAUAAAUUACUUUAAAAUUGUAAAUAUGUCUUCUGCAAGGUAAAUAUUGUAACAAAUUUCAACAUUACUUUUUGUAUUUUCAAUCAAAACAGACCAACAAACAAGAAACACACCCAACUAUUGCGUUGAUAUUCAAAUUCGAUGUUAAGCAUUGUGAAGCUGUAGAUAAGAAAGUGCCCUACUAUUAAAUAAUUGUGUUAUAAGGUUACAGUUUUAUUUGGACGCAUUAUAGGAAAAGUGAUGAUUUUAGGCACGAUAUUUAUGUGCAAUAUAAAAAAAUUAGAAUGUCUCCCAGUUAAUAAAUAGUAGUUAAAUCACAAACUAGUAAUGUGCAUAGUAUAUGUGAGGUUUUAAUAUUUUGCGACGUUAUAGAUCUCAACAAAAAUGGUUUCUGUCAGGGGGUUUUCUUAGAAAUUUUUCGUUAAGAUUUUCUAAUAUUCUGCCAUAGUUUUCGAGUAGCUGUAAAUUAAGAGUCCGCUUUUCAUUUCUCCCCGUAGUUAGAAUAGAAUCGUAAUGGAACGUAGAUUUCAUGAUUAACUGUGGUGGAUUGGUUAAAAUAGACAAAAGUGUUGUAUGAUGAUAUUAUUAAUGAUAUUUGAUAAAAUAAAUAUUGCUUCUGAAAUUGUAUUUAAAGACAAAAAUUGAAUCGAAAUUUCUUUUCUCCGUAGCCAAUCUGCCGAGUGCGUUCCCAGCCACACUGGACCUUUGCAAACUGUAAAUACAAUCUAUUUUACUCACCACAAAAACCGCUUUACUAAUUUCAAAUUUAACAACAAUAUUUUGUAAGAUAGUUGUACAUAAAAUCGAAAAUAACCUCUUGAUGAAUUUAUGAAAGUAUAAACGCGUAUAAAUGUACCUUCAAAAAUUAGCUAAGCUUAGCUUAAGUAUUGAGUGGUGCUUAUCGGGUUUAUUUUUUGUUCAAUUUAAGCGAAAACCGAAAUUAAACUCCUGAUUUUUGUGUUUUUAUUUUAAACGUUAAAGUAAAUCCCAAAGUACCCAAAUAUUCUAAUUUAUAAUUUUAAGAUGUUUUUCUUGUUUCGAUUCUUUGAAACGAAAGUACAACAUAAUGUAUACGUAAUGUUUUUUAUAAAUUAGUUAUCGAUAUAUAAGAGUGGAACGUGAACCUUGCAUACACCAGUGUGAUUGGCUUCAACUUGACUCAAAUACAGGGCGUUCCAAUACUGAUCACAGAAUCCAAAUAAUAUUCGUCAAUUUGGUUUUAUCUAUUUGGAUUCCUUUUUAGAUAGUCGCACGCCCUGUAUUCUUAUUAAAAAUUGUUUAAAAGAAUUUGUAAAUAUGCUGUAAAAUUUUCAUAUAGCCUCUAAGGAUAAAAUGUAUACUGUUUAUCUAGAUAUUAUUAUAUUGUUUGUUUUUAUUUUUGGUUUUAUAUUAUUACUGAAAAGUUUUGUUGCUUAUUUGUUGCUCAAUAUUUCCUUCUUCGUAUAUCUUUUGUGUAAUAUACGCUGUUUACCUUAU